GGCGCGGGAAGACCGGGAGCUGCGGGAGUAGGCGGCGGCGGCGAGCGGGCGGGCGGCGGGCGCGGGAGGAUGCCCUGGUGCAGGCGGGCGUCCUGCUCCGCUUCGCAGCUCGCAGACCGGGCGACGGUGUGCCGGCCGCGGGAAAUGGGUCCUCUGGGGCUCGUGUGACCAGUGAGUACAGCCUGCUAGCCUGACACCCAGCAGGAGGGAGUCUACCAUGGAUGGCAUCAUUGAGCAGAAGAGUGUUCUGGUACACAGUAAGAUCAGUGAUGCUGGCAAAAGAAAUGGCUUAAUUAACACCAGAAACUUCAUGGCUGAGAGCAGGGAUGGUCUGGUGUCUGUUUACCCAGCUCCUCAGUACCAGAGCCAUAGGCUGGUGGCCAGUGCAGCACCAAGCAGCCUGGAAGGAGGCAGAAGUGAGCCAGUGCAGCAGCUGCUGGACCCAAACACACUGCAGCAGUCCGUGGAGUCCCACUAUCGUCCCAACAUCAUCCUCUACUCAGAUGGUGUGCUCCGCUCCUGGGGGGAUGGCAUGGCCACUGACUGCUGUGAGACCACCUUCAUUGAGGACCGGUCACCCACCAAAGACAGCCUGGAGUACCCUGAUGGGAAGUUCAUCGACCUCUCAGCUGAUGACAUCAAGAUCCACACCCUGUCCUAUGAUGUGGAGGAAGAAGAAGAGUUACAGGAGCUGGAGAGUGACUACUCCAGUGACACAGAGAGUGAGGACAACUUCCUCAUGAUGCCCCCACGGGACCACCUGGGACUCAGCGUCUUCUCCAUGCUCUGCUGCUUCUGGCCUUUGGGCAUUGCGGCCUUCUACUUGUCCCAUGAGACAAACAAAGCUGUGGCCAAAGGAGACUUCCAUCAGGCUAGCACCAGCUCCCGGAGGGCCCUGUUCCUGGCAGUGCUGUCCAUCACCAUUGGAACUGGCAUAUACGUGGGUGUGGCUGUCGCCCUCAUCGCCUACCUCUCCAAGAACAACCACCUGUGAGCUUCCCAAAGGCUGUUGGAAGGAGGGGGAGCCGGACCACGUGUGUGAGGGCAGUGAAGAGACACCUGUGAGAUACUGUACAGUACAAGUGAUUGUCAAACGACUCCAUGAUACCCUGGAAUCCUCCACUCCUGGACUUCGUCUUCUUCUUUUUGUUAUCCUUCCACUUCAUUUUCAGCACUGUGCAGAGCGCCUGGCAGCCAGCAAUGCUGAUUCUUCCACACGGAAGCUCCAAAGAUUCCAGCCCAGCAGCUAAUCCUGGGUGGAUUCUAAUGAGUCAACGACAACCCAGCUCUGCAGCCUGCCAGUGCCUGGACCGCCACCCCAUUAGCAAUAUACAAACAGUUAAAAAUAUGUUUAUUUUUAUGGAAUAUGGUGCAAAAGGCAGAAAGCAAGAGACAUGUCACCACUAGCUGUGGCCCGCUUAACUCCUCUGUGUCCCCUAUCUUUGUGGCUUCCUUAUCAGAAACAAGUGGGGCUGAAAAGGAAAAGAAAGUACCCGCUGGGAGAUGUGCUGUCUCUGCCUACAGACGGGUCCUGCCUGAGAACGCAAAAUUGGAGGAGCGUAGCGCCUACCCUGGCCCUGCUCAGUCCCAGCACGCUGCACCAGCUUGGAGCAUCAGGCUUCCUGCAGGCUUCCUGCAGAUACCCAGCAAUACACAGUUCUGGGGCCUCAUUAAUCUUAAAGAGGAGGCAGCCAUGGCCCCGCCUCUCUCAAGAACAAGUCCAGCAUUUGCCCCAGGAGCCUGAGGGAAAGGAACUGUGAAGACACACAGGAUGUUUAACUCUUGGACGCUCAUUUGGUUAUGAGCAGCAAUACUGGGAUCCUGGAAAUGAGAUGGGCCUUACUCUGUCGAUUAAAUGAAUGGCUAUUUUCUUGUCAUUUUUUAAGUGCAACUCUUGCUUCAUGCUGCUUCAGUUGCCAGAUGAAUGCUGAGAAAUAAGUAACCACAGAUGUUUUAAUACCAUGUCAUUGCUGUUUUACGAGUGUUCAUUAUUUAACAAAAAUUAUCUUUUA